AUGGAGAUGAAGAUUGCUCUGGGACAUCUUGGCAUGUACCUGGGACUGUUGGCUGGAGCUGGACUGCUCUAUGCCUUCGGUCUCGUCGUGUACAGAGUCUUCUUCCACCCCCUUGCCAAAUAUCCCGGUCCUUUCCUGGCCAAAAUCACCGAUGCAUACCAGCUCUAUCACGCUUACAAGGGCGACCGCCACCUUGAGUUCUGGCGCAUGCACCAGAAAUAUGGCAAGGUGGUUCGAUUCGGUCCCAACUCCGUCUCCUUCAACUCCAACCAGUCCCUCAAGGAAAUCUACGGCUUCAAGUCCAACGUGCGCAAGGCCGAGUUCUACGAUGCCUUUGUCCACCCAGCCGCCAACACGCACAACACCCGCGACAAGGACGUCCACGCCCGCAAGCGCCGCGUCCUGUCGCACGCCUUCUCCGAGAGUGCCAUGAAGGAGAUGCAGCGCUACAUCCUCGGCAACGUCCGCACCUUUUGCGACCAGAUUGGCCUCAACGAUGGCGGCGCCGACGCCAAGGGCUGGACGAAGCCGCGCAACAUGAGCGACUGGUGCAACUACCUGGCCAUGGACAUCCUGGGCGACCUCAGCUUUGGCAAGGCCUUCCACAUGCUGGAGAGGCCCGACAACCGCUUUGCGCUGGAGCUGGUCGAGGCCGCCACCACGCGCCAUCUCAUUUGCGGCACCAUGCCCAUUGUCGACAAGCUCAAGAUUGACAAGUUCUUGUUCCCCAAGCUUGCUGCCGGUCGCGCGAGAUACAUGGCCUACAGCAAGGGCCAGCUCACCGAGCGUACCAAGCUCGGCGAGGAGACGGAUCGACGUGACUUCUUUUACUACUUGCUCAAGGCUCGCGAUCCCGAGACCGGUCACGGCUUCACCACUCCUGAACUCUGGGGCGAGUCCAACUUGCUCAUCAUUGCCGGCUCAGACACCACGUCCACCGCCAUGGCCGCAACGAUUUUCUACCUCGUGCGCAACCCGCACGCCCUGAAGCGCGUGACGCAAGAAAUCCGCACCAAGUUCAGCGACGUCGAGGAGAUUGUCCACGGCCCCCUCCUGGGAUCGUGCACGUACCUCCGCGCCUGUGUCGACGAGGCCAUGCGCCUCUCUCCAUCCGUGGGCGGCAUCCUACCCCGUGAAGUGCUCCCCGGCGGCAUCACCAUCGACGGCCAGACGCUGCCGCAGGGCACCGUCGUCGGAACUCCCCACUACACCAUCCAUCACAACGAGACCUACUACCCCGUUCCGUAUGGCUACGCGCCCGAGCGCUGGCUGCGCGACGAGGUCAACCCACUCACCGGCAAGACCACGACGGAAGACGAUGUUGCCCUCGCCCAGAGCGCCUUCUGCCCCUUCUCCAUCGGACCCCGUGGCUGUAUCGGCAAGGGUCUGGCCUACGUCGAAAUGACCACCACUCUGGCCAGAACAAUCUACUUGUACGACCUGCGACGAGCUAUUGGCGUCGUUGAUCCCGGCGAGGGCCGCGCCGACCUCGAGUGGGGGCGACACCGCGUGACAGAGUUCCAGCUGGUUGACACGUUUACCAGUGCCAAGAAGGGUCCUAUGGUUGAGUUUAGGAAGGUUGAGAAGGCCUAA